GUUAACAUCAAAACAGCGAAAUUAAGGACAUUAUAAAAUAAACAGCGUGAAGAUGGCGGAAGAAGUCGCCGAGAUUUUGGACACUGAUAAAUUGUACCUGACACAAAUCCGACAUUUGGAGGAUCAGCUGGAUAAGUGUCAGUCGAAAUGCGGCGAGCUGGAGAACCACGUCCUGGAUCUGAUGUCGGAGCUGCGGGCGCUGACGAAGGACAAGGACGACGUGACCAGGUACUUGAAGCGGGCGCUGGACACCAAGGACAAGAGGGUGGAGAUGCUGAUGGAGCAGGUGGAGCAGCAGCAGGAGGCCAGCGAGAAGGACAAGGAGACCAUGGAGCAGCUCAAGAAGCAGCUGGAGCAGCUGCACCAUCGCAUCAGCGAGCUGGACGCCGUCAUCGACACGCAAGCCAAGCAGUUGGACCAGCAGGCGGGACAGCUGGUGGCUCUGGAGGACAAGAUGGUGGUUCAGAAGAAGCAGCAGGACGCCGCCAAUAAGCAGCUGACGGAGGACGCGCAGAGAGACAAGACUAACAUGAUCGCUGAGACGAUGAGCAACAUGGAGGUGGUGUUCGAGGACAAGCUGUCCAAGAGGCUGGAGGAGGAGAGAGUUCAGAACAGCAAGAAGAUGACACAGCUGCAGAUGAUGCUGCAGGAGAACAUGACUCUGUGGCUGGAGAAGGACGUCAUGCAGAAGAAGGAGUUGGAGCUCAGCUGCGAGGUCAGUCGUCUGGAGGACGAGCUCACCAAGAAGCCUCGCAGGAAGUUCACGCGCAGGAAGUGACCUUCUGGAAUGUUCCACACGGAACCAUCCAUGAACUUUCACCAAGAUGGAUAACAACUGCAAGACCUCGUGUGUCCACAGUGGCCGCCAACCAGCAAACGUUUCACUCUUAAAUAGUCUUGCCUGCUUUGUGGUACAGUCCCCAGUCCAGAACCGGACAAAAACAGGGGGCAUCCGGAUUUGAACCGGAGACCUCUUGAUCUGCAGUCAAAUGCUCUACCACUGAGCUAUACCCCCACACUCCACUCAUGACCACUUUCACUCCUCUGUCCUCCAUUACUGCAACCUCGGAUUCCCAGGAGGACACAACUAUUUCCUGUUCAGUGCAAGCCAGGAAUUCUUUGUCCUCCCUGUGUGUGUGUGUGUUUGUGUGUGCAUGUGUGUGUGUGUGUGUGUGUGUGUGUGUGUGUGUGUGUGUGUGUGUGUGUGUGUGUGUGUUGGGUGUUGCAACACUUAGACUUUUAUCUAACAAAAUAGCUGGCUUUUAUUUGAAACAGACAUCAGGUUAUCCAGUUUGUUUGCGUGACAGCAGGCAGCUUGCUAACGUUAGCAUGCUAACUUUUUUUUUGUUGCAAUUUUUUCUAGCCAAAAACCUUAGUGAAAUAACUUGGUACUUGACUUAUGCUAACUGUUAGCAUGCUAACUGUUGGUAUGCUAACUUUUUAUUUAUUUAUUUUUAUAUAAUUUUACAGCCAAAACACUUCAGUCAUAUAAGUUGUUACUUGACACAUGCUAACUUUGUAGUCUUUUUUUUCCCAGCCAAAAACCGUAAAGUCAAAUAAUUUGGUACUUGACAAAUGCUAACUGUUAGCAUGUUAACUGUUGGUAUGCUAACUUUUUUUUUGUUGCAAUUUUUUCUAGCCAAAAACCUUAGUCAAAUAACUUGGUACUUGACAUAUGCUAAAUGUUAGCAUGCGAACUGUUUGCAUGCUAACUUAUUUUUUUUUAGAUGAUUUCACAGCCAAAACACUUCAGUCAUAUAAGUUGUUACUUGACACAUGCUAACUUUGUAGCCUUUUUUCCCCAGCUAUAAACCGUAAAGUCAAAUAAUUUGGUACUUGACAAAUGCUAACUGUUAGCAUGUGUUGCGUUUGACCAGAUGUUCCUCCAAGUGGGAUGUAAAACGCUGGUCAGUCCCAAGUUCCUUAAUGACAUAUCAGCUGAACUCAAAAGGUACCACCAACCAUAGAAUAGGUAUUUUGUAAUUUUAUUGUCAAAUAUUUGAGAAUAGAGACCAGCCUCGAACAACACAUCCAAAUGCGUAGCCCAAGUUGAUCUGGCAUUCCACAGGCAAAAAGCAACUCUUUUCACACAAAGAAAGCCCCCCCCCCCCCCCCAACACUGAUAAGAAGAGAGACUUGGGGGUUGUGUUCACAUUCCUGAUGGUUUACGACCCUGUCUAACCAGGCAAUCUGAAGACAAAGAGAAACUAGUAUACAGAGUAAAAUUAAGGAAAAAAAUAUGAGCUGAUUCAAACAUGAUUAUGAAUAAAGAAAUAGCUCUUAAACAUAUGCAUUAUCCACACAUGUUAACUGUUGGUAUGCUAACUUUUUUUUGUUGCCAUUUUUCUAGCCAAAAACCUUAGUCAAAUAACUUGGUACUUGACAUAUGCUAACUGUUAGCAUGCUAACUUUUUUUUUUUUUUAGAUAAUUUGACAGCCAAAACACUUCAGUCAUAUAAGUUGUUACUUGACACAUGCUAACUUUGUAGCCUUUUUUUCCCGGUCAAAACCCGUAAAGUCAAAUAAUUUGGUACUUGACAAAUGCUAACUGUUAGCAUGCUAACUGUUGGUAUGCUAACUUUUUUUUUUUUUUUUUUAGAUAAUUUUACUGCCAAAACACUUCAGUCAUAUAAUUUGUUACUUGACACAUGCUAACUUUUUAGCUUUUUUUUCCCCAGCCCAAAAUCGUAAAGUCCAAUAAUUAAACGUUAACUUUUUAAACUAAUUUUGCAGCCAAACACCUCAAUCAAUUGCCUUGCUACUUGGCACACGCUACCUGUUAGCAUGCUAACCAAUUUUUCAGUCGAAUACCCCAGAGUCAAAAAACUUGGUACAUGACACAGGCUGACUGCUAACAUGCUAAAGUUUAGCAUUCUGACUUUUUAAACCAAUUUUUCAGUCGAAUACCCCAGAGUCACAUAACUUGGUACAUGACACAUGCUACCUGCUAGAAUGCUAAUGUUAGCAUGCUAACUUUUUUUUAGGCAGGCUAACUUGGUAAUUGACACAUGUUAACUUUUAUUUAGCCAAUUUAUGCAACUGUAUGCCUCAGAGCGAUAUGACUUGCUACUUGGCAUAUGCUAGCGGUUAGCAUGCUAACUUUUUCAACCAAUUUUUCAGUCGAAUAACCCAGAGUCAUAUAACUUGGUAUAUGACACAUGCUAACUGCUAUCAUGCUAACCACUUUUUCAGUCGAAUACCCCAGAGUCAAAUAACUUGGUACAUGACACAUGCUAACUGCUAACAUGCUAACUGCUAACAUGCUAACUUUUUUUAGGCAGGCUAACUUGGUACUCGACACAUGCUUGCUUACUUUUCUUUUUAGCCAAUUUUUGCAGCUGUACACCUCAGAGUCAUAUAAAUUAUUGGUGCUUGACACAUGCUAACUGCUAGCAUGCUAAAGUGAGCAAGCUAGCUUGUUUUGGGGUGAUAUGACUUGGCACUUGACACAUGCAGACUUUUUAAAUCAAUUUUUCAGUCGAAUACCCCAGAGUCAUAAAACUUCGUACAUGAAACAUGCUAACUGCUCGCAUUUUAGCGUCUGCAUUUUUCCCCCCGGCGAUAUAACUUGGCACUUGACACGUGCUAACUUUUUAAGCACCUCAGAGUCAUCUGACUUGCUACUUGGUUAGCAGGCUAACAUUAGCAAUUCCUGGCAAAUUGAUGCACUUCAAAUUUUUCCUGUCACAGACUAAAAAAUAAAGUUAAUCAAGUUGUUAUUUUGUUGUAAGUUUAUCGUAUUUCUUUUUUUUUUUUAACUUCUUUUUAGGACACACUGUUAUGCAGAGGUGUACUUAUUGCAACUCCAUUAUUUAGAAGCACUGAACUAAACCAACAACUCGGCAUAAAGAACUGGUCAACUUUAGACUAGUGCAGUUAUUGUGUGACGUUGAUCUAAUGUCAUAAUCUAAUAUGUAUUUAAUAAUACAUAAUAUGUAUUUAAUAAUAUGUAUUAUGUAUUUAACGUACUUAAGAGGA